CUUACUUCAUGCUUGAUCAUGCUUGUGCAGAUUCCGGAGCUUAACCACUCCGUUCGGAAUAUUAUUAAGAAUAAGCCUGAUACACUGAUUGGAGUAAUCGAUUCUGGAAAGCAACCUCUGGCACAAGAACAAAUCAGAGCUGUUAAAGUAUUAUGGACGACGAGCUUGAAGAUCGAAUUUUGUAUCAGACAUAUAUAUCACACAUGAAGCUUGUAUCCAAGUUUGCCGUGAGCAUCCCUACUGGAUUAAACGUUGGGAUUAACAGUCCAUUAGGCUACCUCUGCAGGAUUAUGCGGAUUUACGCUCUAAAACCAGAGGUGUUAGUCUGUGGCAUGAUUCUGGCAAUUAUUCUCUUUUACAUACAAGCCGUGGAUGUCUGGAGCAGAGCGCUUCUAGGAAAAAUUCAAUAUACUCUGGGACGUACUACAUCUAAGGUGUCUACAUUGAAAUUUUUAGUUAAUGAUUCAGUGAAUACUGGAGUAAAACUUAGUUGGGAGUUAAAACAAGAUCACAUUGCGGCGUAUGCUGUGCAGGGACAUAGAGCUCGGAUGGAAGACCGUUUUGUGGUGAACGACGACAUGAAUAAUACUGGAGUUUCCUUAUUUGCGGUAUUUGAUGGCCAUGGUGGUGAGUUUGCAGCCAAUUAUGCUCGCGAUAAACUUAUCUCCAAUAUUAACGAAAAAGUUAUUGAAUUGAAAAAUCUACUGGCUGGUAAAGCACCCACUUAUCAGACUGAGCUGAUCUUAAAAGAGCUAGAGAAAAAGAAAAACGACAACAAAAGAGACGAAAAGUUUCUAGAUCGAAGAAAAUCUUUUCGAAAAGUCGCAAGUACAUCCUUAACGGAUGAUUGUAUGAAGAAAGCUAUUGAAGUGACUGAUCCAGAAUUACUCGAUAAACUAGAGAGCAUAACGCCGAUUACGAGAGAGGUCAGACCAUGUAGAUCGGGUGAGAAGCAAGUACUCAAAGUGGACAUGAUGAAUUACAUUGAAGGGAAUAAAAUCAAUUAUGGCAGGCUUCUAACGGAUGAAGUUCUAGCAGCGGACAAAUUAUUGGUGGAAACUGCUAAGAAGAACAUGGAUGUAGCUGGUACAACUGCUUUAAUUGCUCUUUUGGAAGAUAAUAAGUUGAUCGUAGCGAAUGUUGGGGACUCUAGAGGAGUAAUGUGUGAUGAAAAGGGCAAUGCUAUUCCUUUGUCUUUUGAUCACAAACCUCAACAAGAAAGAGAAAAGAGAAGAAUAAAUAAAGCCGGUGGUUUGGUAACUUUUGACGGCGUAUGGAGAGUCGCUGGUAUAUUAGCGACUUCUCGCGCUUUGGGAGAUUAUCCUCUAAAAGAUAAAAAGCUGGUAAUUGCUGAUCCGGAUAUUUUAACAUUCGAUUUGAAUGAUCACAAUCCCAUGUUUAUAAUAUUGGCAUCUGAUGGCCUAUGGGAUACGUUUUCGAAUGAGGAGGCUGUGGCUUUCAUCAAAGAGCGUAUCAAUGAACCACAUUUUGGUGCAAAAAGCAUUACGUUACAGAGUUUUUACAGAGGAUCUGCCGAUAAUAUCACGGUUGUCGUGAUUAAUUUGAAGGAUCGCAAAUUCAGCGUAUCGGAGGCCAGGAAGAACCAGUUAUGAUCUUAAUAGCGAAUUUGUUUUUUCACUUUAAAGUUCCGAAAGUCUAGUCAUAAAAUGAAUAUAACUUGUUGCAAUUUAAGCUAAUUUAUUGCUAAACUGCAUAAUAUAUGUAGAACAUGUUUCCUCGCGUUUGUAAUGUGUUCGUCGACAUUGUAAAUAAUAUUGAAAUAAUUUCAAUAGAAUAUUAUUGUAAAAAAAUUUUUGCAAGUUUAAGAACUAAAAAAAAUUACUUAUUUACGUAUUAUAUUUACGGGCAAUAAUUUCAAGUACAUUAAUUUGUAAAAUUUUGUUUUAUUUUCUUUUAUUUAUUGAAAUAACAAAUUUAACACAAUUAGAAACUUAUCUGGUAUCUCCAUCCAUGCAACUUGCAAUUUUUUAUACAGUUAGAAAGACUAUUAUGUAAAGGCUAUUCCAAAAUUACAAAUUAUAUUGCUCAGUAAGUAUGAGAAUCGGCAAAUCAGUAGCACUGUUGUAUAAGUAUUUAAUCAUCAGGUCAAACUGGCUUUGUCCCAAGAAAGACAAUUUUAUAAUUAGCAUAACUUUGUUACAGCCAAGUUGUUUUUAACAUUAUAAAUUAUCUCUACUUCUUACAUAAAAGUAUAUAAUUUUUUUACACACAUCUAUUUUUUGCAUCAAUAUGUAUAAAAGAUGUGGGAUAACCGCUAAAUAUAGACAUGGUAUGAGAGAACUCAUAAUCUUAUUUUCAUGUACAGAGCAGUGGAAUAAAAUAUAUAUAAUCUAGGA